AUGAACUUUUCAGUGAGCACUCUGCAUCUGGACGGCGUGGCCCAGCUGUACGAGCACAGGUUGUGGUUGGCGUUCCUCUUCUUGCUGCUCUAUGUCUUUGUGAUGCUGAGUGACAGUCUGGUGGUGUACAUUGUCUGCUCCCAGCGCAGGUUGCACCAGCCCAUGUAUGUGUUUGUGGUGGCCGUGCUCGUCAACUCGGCCGUGGGGAGCACUUCUGUUUACCCCAAGCUGCUGUGGGACCUGCUGCAAGGACGUCGUGUGGUGCAGGUGUCCCGUUUGGCAUGUCUCUCUCAGGCGUUCAUCCUGAGUUCAUUGGGGGGUUCAAGCUACCUGCUCCUUUCAGCCAUGGCGUUUGACCGCUACCUUUCAAUCUGCCACCCAAUGCGUUACGCUGCUCUCAUGUCUCCCGCUGCUGUCACCACACUGUUGCUGCUUUGCUGGCUGCUCCCUCCCUUGCCCAUAGCAGGAGCCGUGUUAAUAGCUCAUCGUUUGCAGCCGUGCCUUGAUAGACUCACUAGAUUGUACUGUAACAUGCAUACUUAUCUCAGUUUAAGCUGUUCAGGAGAGUAUGCGAGUAUGCAGGGGAGGAUAGUUUAUAGUUUCCUUUGCAGGACAAUGCUCUUUUACCUCCCCAUAGCCUUUGUGCUCUUUUCGUACGGGCGAAUUAUAAUCCUCUGCCUGCAGCACUCUGGGACAUUUGCCUCGAAAGCCCUGAAUACCUGCCUGCCUCACGUGAUCGUGGUAGUGAACUACACGGUGUGCACCAUUGUAGACAUGCAGCAAAAGGCAACACCAAGCGAAGGCCAGAUCCACGGUACCCUCACCUCCACACUUCUCAUUGUGGCCGUAACCACAGUGAGUAACCCCAUCAUCUAUGGGCUAAAGGUGCGCGAGAUAUACCAGAGCCUAAAGAAGCUGCUGCACUGUCAGAGAUCACAAAGUGACACCAAACAGAUGGUAAAGGUGUCCACAAUCACACCACAGUAA